GGGAGAAUCCAGCAUGUGUCAGCUCCACACUCCUCAUUGUCCUCUGCAGCUCAGCCAUUGGCUACUGACUGUGAGAAACUCCAACCAGCCCAAGACCCACACAUUCAUAUGGAGAUUUGGGAGUAUAAAUAGAGGAGAUGAAGCCAGUGCUGAUCAGAUUCACUCUACACAGAGAGAACUACUACAGCUACAGCUAUGGCUUCUACAAUCACUUCCACAGCAGAUUACCCAAAGGAACACCUGAGUCUAAACCACAAGCAGAGAAAGCCAGCUGUCGAGAAGAUGCACAGAGAUCGCAUCAACAACUGCAUCGAGGAGCUCAAAGCUCUCCUGGGUUCACAGCUCCUCAACUUGCAGCCUGACUCCAAGCUGGAGAAAGCCGACAUCCUGAAGAUAAUUGUUUGCCUCCUGAGACAGCGUCUUCAGACAGAAAGAACUUCACUCUCCUCUGAUGCUGGCAGUCAGGGUUUCUCCAAGUGUGCUCAAGAAGUCCUUCACUUCCUGUCCAGGGACUCAGGGAAAACACAGACCCAUGGAAUGUUGCUGACCCAGUUCCAGACCCUGCAACCACCCAGUAAUGACUACAGGAGGGAGAGUGCCCAGUGCCAGCUGGGCUCUCCUGUCCAGCAUGUCCAGAGAAAAGACAAGAGUCCAGCCAGGAGCGCCCCCUGGAGGCCUUGGUAGAACACAACACAGAUGAGACUUUCACGUGAUCAAAUUGGUCAGAGAUGAAAACUCAAGGACAUUUCAAAGCGUUCAAACCUGCAAAUGCAGGGGAUUUAUCUUCUUUACAUCAAAGAAUGUAUUUAAUUCUAAAUUGCAAUUUUUUGCAAGGUAUUUGUCUUCUGUGAAGACAUAUACACAAUUCUUUAUAAAUUGUGAAUAUACUGGUUUAAUGGUAAAACAUCUUUAAUGGAUAUCCGUUAUGAUAUGAGAUCAAUUCAAAUUUUUAUUGAAAUGUAAUGACUUUAUGAUUCUUUUGAAAGAAAUGGAAAGUCUGCAAGUUAUAACAACAAAAUGUCUUUUGAGAAGACAGUUUAAAUAUAAUGUCAACAAUGCUGACAUUAUUUUCAUGGUGAAUAUGAGUCCAGCCAGGAGCCCACCAUGGAGGCGCUGGUGGAAAACUACUCAGAAGAGACUUUUACAAUUACAUGAUCACAUUGGUCAGAGUUGGAAAACUGAGGACAUUUCACAUUAUUCAAGCCUGCGAAAACAGGGGUUGGGACGUCUUUUGGAAGAAAACAUAUGUUGCUAACUUUUCCAGCAUGUCUUCAAUGAAUGAAAAUUGUGAAAUUAUUUGUUACAAAUUGAAACUUCUAUAAUGGAUUUCUAUUGUUCAACAAGAUCAGGUCAACUGAAUAUAAAAA